AUGUGGAUCGGCCUCCUUUUCCUCCUCAUCCAUCCGGUGGGGCUGGAGGUUGGCCAGGCGGCCUUCUUGGUUCUCAUCAUGAGUGUCAUGGUCCCGCCCUCCGCGCCCUUUGUGCAGUUCAUCGAGGUCAUGUGCAACCUGUAUUUCUACAUCUCGCUCGCGUGGGCAUGGUGCUGCAUUGGUAUACGUGUGGCAGACGCGACGCGGCAACCCUUCGACUCGGCCAAGGUAGCCGCGAAGAUGGCGCAGUAUGCUGGCGAGAGUCCCACAAACCAACAGAUGCGCGUGAUGUUCGAUGGCACGUACUUGCAAGCUGGUCCGGCGAUUGUGUCCUGUGUAUGGCUGUCUGUCGGCACCGCCGCCCUCCUCUGGUGGAAGAUGCGCACGGCGCCGAGCCCUGCGACACUUCCUCUUGUCUUGGCGUGCAUCCUCAUCGACGUGACCUUCACCUUGGUCCCCCUCUACCCAGUGGCGGACUACUUGAUCCCCUGGAUUGUGUACAAGCCAAUGUGCUUCCAAGGGGCAAUCGCGCUGGUCUGCUCAAUCCUCAUCCCGCAGUCCGUUUCCGGACAGUUCCGCGGGCGCUUUAACGGCGUCCUGACACCUCUUCGAGACGCGAUGGGGGAUAUCGAGUCGCUCUUCUCUGACGCAAGCAGCAUGAGCACCUUCGGGGCCCAUGGGCGGCAAGGCAGCAUCGUGAGCUUCGACGAGCGGACCGAGAUCGAUCAGAAAAUUACAGCUUGGGGCGACCGCAGCGCCGAGAUCCGCGUUGUGCUCCUCAAAAGCUUGGCUGGGAUGCACCCGCUCAACGCACAGCAGCGAUACCUCGACGUUGACAUCAGCUACGGUCGCAUUCCAGGACGCGACUUGCGUGAGAUCUUCAAUGUCCUCGCAAGUGUACAGACGCGGGCGUCAGGGUUCAGUUUCUUCUUUAACACCAUCGUCAACAAGGUGCGCCGCACCCACCUGGACUCGAAGGGCUUCAAUGCGCAGCGUUCGCUGAGUAUGGCAACACUGAGUCGGCCUACCAGCCGUAGCUUUUCGCGGCCCGUUUCGCGCCCCGGAAGCGCGAUUAGCUUGAAAGAUCUGCGCGACCCUCGCCGGUCAUCAGCGUCGUACAGGGACGUGCGGAGAACCUCAGACGUCGAGGACGUGCCGCCCACCCCGCGAUCUGUUGGUUUUGAUGACACGCCGCGCGACACACCCCAUGAGGAGACAACGGACGCUGGGACGCCGGACGUAUCGGAUGACGAGGCAAGCGAACGGGAGCACCGUGAGAUGUGGCGCGGACGGGCCAAACACGAGUCACUGGCCCACCGGCUCUUCCACCUCCCAAGGUCGCGUGACACGUCGCCUCACCAUGACGGCGAUCAUGACCGAUCAAAAGAGCGACGUCGCUCGCGGGACCGGCGCAGGAGACGCAUAAAGGAGUUGAAGGAGCACAAGGACAGUCUCAAGGGCAGUGCUCUGUCGCUCCUCGACCAGCUGCGCAAGUCUCAGCAGCCCGUUGGCGUCUACGAAAGCCAGCGAUAUAUGGAUCUUGAGAGCGGAAACGACCGCGACCUCGAGAAGGUUAUCGAGCAGCUGGAGUUGCUGUCGACCAGCGCUCUCCCGCUCGUCAAGGCGCUGCGCGGGGCGCUCACUGAGGCGUGCACAUGGGUCGUGACGAGCGACAAGAAGCGGUACGCGCAGGCGCGCGACGUUGCGUCCGCAACGGCCCGACUGCGCGUCGCCCUCGCCGAGUUUCAGGAGCACCGCGGCGUCGUGACCCGGCCGUACCGUCACCUCUUCGAUCCGUCGCAUAAGCGUGACGCGCACUUGAGCCAGUCGCAGCACAUGGGUCUCUUCUAUUGCCUCGUCGCGAGCUAUCAUCUUAUCGAAUUCAGCGACUCGCUCCUCAAGUUGCUGGACAUGUUGGUGGACACGGAUGCGCGCCGGCAGCGCCGUCGCCUGUGGUUCCCCAAUCUGGUGAAGCUGUUCAAGCAGUUCCGCACAAGCGUCAAAUCUGAUGUUUCCGAUGGGCGCGAAGAGACGCAGGAGGCCGACUCGUUCAACCACGCCGAAGAGAACGAAGACACUGACCUGCUGGGGCAAGCGCGCCGGCGCAAUCCUGACUACAAACCGUACGGAAGUUGGGGGAUGGGGAUGCUGUCGCGACUUGCGACCGUCCCCGAUAUCCUGUUCAGCCGAAGCGCGAUGUACGGACUUAAGGCGGGCGCCCUUGGCUGUCUCACCUCACUGCCUGCGUUUCUGGCCAGCUCAGCCAGCUUCUACUACUACAACCGCGGCAUCUGGUGCACGAUCAUGGCGCAAAUGACACUCGCGGUUUUCGCAGGCGACACAUUUUCGUCGUGGGUCUCGCGACUCCUCGCCAGCUUCUGGGGUGGCCUAGUGGGUAUGGUCGCUUGGUAUAUCGGGAGUGGCUCCGGCCCGGGCAAUCCCUACGGCAUCGCAGCGGUCACCGCCGUGCUGUUCCUUCCCCUCAUGCUCUUCCGAGUGCACUGGCCUGGCCCUCCGCUCACCGCGAUUGUCUUCUGCACAUCGGUGAAUCUAGUGAUUGGGUAUUCAUACCUCAACGGACACCUUUUCCGGAUGAGCAAUGCGACAUGGGGCUUCGACGUGGCGUGGUUGCGCUUCGUAUGUGUCGUGAUUGGAAUCACAGCAGCGUGGAUCUUCUCGCUGGUGCCGCCCGUAUAUUCGGCCAAGCGGGCGAUCCGAUACUCAUACGCACGCGCGAUCGCCAACGUUGGAUACAUCCUAUGCCAAGAGCUGUCUGCAGCCAACGACCCCCACUCGCACGCCAACAUGGAGUUCAACCAGCACGUACGGGCCGAGCUGCUGUCGCAGCGUGCCAAACUCACCAAGCUGGGAAUGCGCCACGAGUUUGCCCAGAAAGAGCUCUCACUGCGCGGCCGGUGGCCUAAGGAUGUGUACGCCGGUCUGCAGUCGACGCUGGUCGAGACCAUGUCGCUGCUGGCAAUGUUCAACCACCUUUUGCCGCAGAUGCCGCCGACUUGGCGCAAGGCGCUUCUGCUGCGCACGCGCAUGUGCGACCCCCUCUUCCUCGGCGACGUGCUCGCCGUCAUCUCCAUGACGUCGAGCGCCCUGCGCGCUGCAACACCCUUACCGCAGAUCACGCCCGGUCCGCUCAUCGCCAAGUACCACAUGAACCGGUACAAGGGCGUUGAGCUCCCGGACCCCGCGGAGGGGUGGGAGGGCAUGCCCACCCACGUCACGGCCGACGUGUUGCAGUCUGACGACUAUAUGCGAUACGCGCUGGGUGUGAGCACCAUCUACGCGCUCAUGAGCCGGCUUGACAGCAUUGUCGUGGUGUGCAAGACGCUGUUGGGAGAGAACUACCACAUCGAGAACCUCAAGCUUGUAGAGACGGCGCAGAUGAUAGCAUAG